UCCCUCGGCAGCCGUAGUACCGUAAAGUACAGUAAAAGACGCAAGUAAACAUCUCAACCGGCGAAUGUCUCAAACUAAAAUGUGCUCCUGCGGCUCAUUCGACGACUUAAACUUAGUCACGCUUGGCAUUAUUUCAAUUAUUUGAUGUAUUAAAGCACUUCGUUGUUAAAUUCAAACACUAUUUAGCCGGCGGCUAACCAGUAGCUGCUAACUUACAUGCUAAGUCACCUAGCAUUGUAACAUCAACCUUACUUUUAGCCCCGUCAGCUCAGUAAUAUUCCUUUUUUUUUUUUUACAAUGGCGUUGCCGUGCUUUGAUGGAGUUUACCUCCCCAAAGAAGAGAAUGAAUUCGUGCUGCAGGUCUUGAAUGAAGUGGAAACAUACCAGGAGAGCAGCACCGACAGUGUCCUCCUGUUCCCACCGCUACCCAGCAGACUGCGAUACCUCAUCCACAGGACCAUCGAGGACCUGCCGGAGCUCACCACCUUCUCUGUCGGCGAGAGCUGGUGGCGUCGGGUGGUGGUUUGUCCCUGGCAGCUCAGAGGCGCACAGGAAGUAGACAACGAUGUGGCGAGCAUCUCCAGCCUGGAUGAAGAGCCUGUCAGAACUCAGCCUAGAUCUUCCCCCUCCGCACCAAGCAAAGCCCCCAGGAGGCCCGACAAGCAGCUCUACAUCCCAAAAGCUGCUCGGAGGAGACCGCACCCCCUAAAUCCACAUCAGGAGUUCCAACAGUCAGCCAGCAGCCGUCCCUCAAAGACAUGUCCUCCUCCUGCUGAGACCACAGACAAGUCGCCGUCGCUCCUUUUAAAAGAGGAAUCCGUCCCCCACGCCAUGGAUGGCGCCCUUGGAGAUGAUCCGCUAGGAGGAGGGGAAGCAAACAUGACUUUGAGCGAUGAGGAAGGUGAGAUUCUCCACUGGGGGAACACACUAAGGGACAUCAGCCUGGAGGACAACGGCGAGGAGCAAGGAGACACAUGUGACCUGACUGAGGAGAUCAAAGAACACCUGAAAGACGGAGCCACCUUCUCAGUGACGCACGUGCACAACGACUACUCCGCCUACGAGAAGGAGCUCGUCAACCCCGAGCACUUUGACCACGUCAUCGAGAUCUACGACUUCCCGACCGUCUUCAAAACCGACGACCUGAGGGAUGCUCUUGUUGAAUACAGUGACGGAGGACUGAAGAUCACCUGGGUGGACGACACACACGCUCUGGGGGUUUUCUCCACUGAGGAGGCAGCCAAGAAGGCUGUGUCCAAGGACCACACUCUGCUGAAGGUGCGGCGUCUGGCAGAAGGCAGCAAGGCGGCGCAAGACAAGGCCAUUGGGAGAGCAGAGUUCAUCCAACCGGUGAAGGAGCGCCCCAAGACAGACAGUGCUGUUGCCAGAAGGAUGGUGACCCGAGCCUUGGGACUGCAGGGACGAGGACCAGGAGGACGAGGACCAGGAGGACGAGGACCAAGAGGACAAGGACCAGGACGAGGACCACGAGGACGAGGACAGAGCUACUGACAGCAACAAUACAGGUGAUGACCAGUCCAGAGGACUUCCACUAUUAGCGUCUUAUUGUCAUGCAAUACCUCAGUCACCCACUAGGGGGCAGCACUGCUGUAAUUAUUCAACCAGCAAGUAGGACCAAGGCCAGCACUUUACUUCUUCCACAUGUUAUGUUGCAGACUUACUCCUAAGUGGAAUACAUUCUACCAACAACAUCCCAUAAUGAAUGUGGGAAAAUGUAUGUUGGCAAGUUUUGUUACACUUAAAAAAAAAUCACAUUUAUAAAAGUAUUCACCGCCUUUUUGCUCAAUACUUAGUUGAUGCACUUUUGGCAGAAAUGACACCUCGUCUUUUUGAAUAUGGCACACCUGCACUGUAUUCAGUCAAUCAAUGUUUAUUUAUGUAGCCCUAAAUCACAAGUGUCUCAAAGGGCUGCACAAGCCACAACCACAUCCACGGAUCAGUGCCCACAUAAGGGCAAGGAAAAACUCACAACCCAGUGGGACGUCGAUGUGAAUGACUAUGAGAAACCUUGGAGAGGACCGUAAAUGUGGGUAACCUCCUCCUUCCCCUUUCUAGGGGAGACUGGAUGCACUGGACAUUGAUUGGAUCUAACAUAAUAGUGAGAGUUCAGUCCAUAGUGGAUCUAACAUAAUAGUGAGAGUCCAGUCCAUAGUGGAUCUAACAUAAUAGUGAGAGUCCAGUCCAUAGUGGAUCUAACAUAAUAGUGAGAGUCCAGUCCAUAGUGGAUCUAACAUAAUAGUGAAAGUCCAGUCCAUAGUGGAUCUAACAUAAUAGUGAGAGUCCAGUCCAUAGUGGAUCUAACAUAAUAGUGAAAGUCCAGUCCAUAGUGGAUCUAACAUAAUAGUGAGAGUCCAGUCCAUAGUGGAUCCAACAUAAUAGUGAGAGUCCAGUCCAUAGUGGAUCUAACAUAAUAGUGAAAGUCCAGUCCAUAGUGGAUCUAACAUAAUAGUGAGGGAGUCAAGUCCAAAGUGGAUCUAACAUAAUUGUGUGAGAGUCCAGUCCAUAGUGGAUCUAACAUAAUAGUGAGAGUCCAGUCCAUAGUGGAUCUAACAAUAGUGAGAGUCCAGGCCAUUGUGGAUCCAACAUAAGUGUUUGAGUCCAGUCCAUAGUGGAUCUAACAUAAUAGUGAAAGUCCAGUCCAUAGUGGAUCUAACAUAAUAGUGAGAGUCCUGUCCAUAGUGGAUCUAACAUAAUAGUGAGAGUCCAGUCCAUAGUGGAUCUAACAUAAUAGUGUGAGUCCAGUCCAUAGUGGAUCUAACAUAAUAGUGAGAGUCCAGUCCAUAGUGGAUCUAACAUAAUAGUGAGAGUCCAGUCCAUAGUGGAUCUAAGAUAAUAGUGAGAGUCCAGUCCAUAGUGGAUCUAAGAUAAUAGUGAGAGUCCAGUCCAUAGUGGAUCUAACAUAAUAGUGAGAGUCCAGUCCAUAGUGGAUCUAACAUAAUAGUGUGAGAGUCCAGUCCAUAGUGGAUCUAACAUAAUAGUGAGAGUCCAGUCCAUAGUGGAUCUAACAUAAUAGUGAGAGUCCAGUCCAUAGUGGAUCUAACAUAAUAGUGAAAGUCCAGUCCAUAGUGGAUCUAACAUAAUAGUGAGAGUCCAGUCCAUAGUGGAUCUAACAUAAUAGUGAAAGUCCAGUCCAUAGUGGAUCUAACAUAACAGUGAGAGUCCAGUCCAUAGUGGGAGGGGCCUAUCCCCAGGUGCAUGUCUUUGGAGGUGGGAAGAAGCCGGAGUACCCUGAAGGAACCCACACAAUGAAAAAAACCCAACAAAAACAACUUUUCACAUUGUCAAUAUGGGGUUUUGUGUGUAGAAUUUUAAAGGACGAAACAAAUGUAUUCCAUUUUGAAAUGAGGCUGUAAUGUAAAAUGUGGAACAAGUAAAGCACUUAUGAGGAUAUCAAUAAAUACAUAUUGUCAGGUCCUGAUUACAAUUUCAGGCGUGUGUGAAAAUUGUUUAUUUUUACUACUUAUUAGAGUGUUUUGUACAGAUAAAUAUUUAAAUUGAAUGCAGAAGCUCAGACUUGAAGUUACAGCAACAGGACAAAGACGUUAUAUACCAUUUAGUUAGCAUUUAUACAAAAAUAUAUAUAUUUGCUCUUCCUGUUUCUCAGGGUGUAUUUUUUAGCGAAUUAUAUUUACAUAGCGCUUUUCUCUAGUGACUCAAAGCGCUUUUGUCAUGUCUGUUCAUGUUUUUGUUUAGUUAUCUUCUGUUUUGCUUAAGACUCCAUUGUUUCUAGUUUUUGCACUUCCUUGUUUGUCUUAUUACCAUGCCAACUCAGUAGUUUUCCCCUUGUCCUCAUGUCUCACACCUGUUUUCACUAAUCACCACAGUAUUAUUUAAGCCUGUCUGUUUCUGUUGUGGGUUUCACGGUGGCAGAGGGGUUAGUGCGUCUGCCUCACAAUACGAAGGUCCUGCAGUCCUGGGUUCAAUCCCAGGCUCGGGAUCUUUCUGUGUGGAGUUUGCAUGUUCUCCCCGUGAAUGCGUGGCUUCCCUCCGGGUACUCCGGCUUCCUCCCACCUCCAUAAGACAUGCACCUGGGGAUAGGCCCCUCCCACCUCUAAAGACAUGCACCUGGGGAUAGGUUGAUUGGCAACACUAAAUUGGCCCUAGUGUGUGAAUGUCUGUUUUGGCCCUGCGAUGAGGUGGCGACUUGUCCAGGCUGUACACCGCCUGACUGUAGCUGAGAUAGGCGCCAGCGCCCCCCGCGACCCCAAAAGGGAAUAAGCGGUAGAAAAUGGAUGGACGGAUGGAUGUUUCUGUUGUUCAUUCUGGCAACAUCACCUCCUUCUCGUUAUAGCUCGGUUGGUAGAGUGGCCGUGCCAGCAACUUGAGGGUUGCAGGUUCGAUUCCCGCUUCCGCCAUCCUAGUCACUGCCGUUGUGUCCUUGGGCAAGACACUUUACGCACCUGCUCCCAGUGCCACCCACACUGGUUUAAAUGUAACUUAGAUAUUGGGUUUCAGUAUGUAAAGCGCUUUGAGUCACUAGAGAAAAGCGCUAUAUAAAUAUAAUUCACCUCACACUUCACUUCUCAUGUCUACGCAUUUUGCAAUGAUCCAUGCCUCGUUCACAGUUCUAUGUCAUGUAAGUUUUUGUUUAGAGUUCAUAGUUAAUUGCCUUUGUGCUAGUCUUUGGUUUUUAAUCAGUCAAGUUUGUUCUCCGCCACUGUGCGCGCCUUUUGUUUGUUCCUGUUUUUAGUUAUAGUGUUAAAAUAAAGAAAUGUCUUUACCUUCA